AUGAUGCUGUGUCUAAUCCUCGCUCUGUUCUUCAUUUUGGCUCAGAUGCCGUCAGGAAGUGAGGCCGGACUUGAGUAUUCCCAGUCAUUUCCAGGAGGUGAGUUCGCUGUGUGUGAGACUUGCAGACUCGGUCGGGGUAAAUGCAGGAAGUCGUGCAUGGAGGAUGAGACAGUGGCUGGAAAUUGCAAGUUGAACAUUUUCUGUUGCCGACGGAGGAUCUGA